CCGGGUCACUGUCAAUCACCUGACCGUCUGUGUCAACAGCAGUCAACACAGCCGCCAUCGCUCCUGUUAAGCAAGGAAGAUUGAAACCAAAGGCAAUCAGUGAUGGACUCCAGGUCUCGCAGACUUCCUUUCUGUCUGCCCAGCUCAAGGUCGUCCUACACAUCGAGUCCAACUGUCUCCUCAUCACUGUCCUCCAGCAGGUUGUACAGUAGGGACUCUGCGCUCAAUAAUGACCGCCUUCCAAGAGCCUCAUCAUCUUACAAGACAGACCUUGACCACCAGAAUUCUCGCCUCCUGAGCUCCUCCAGAGACUACAGCAGCUCUGACAGUCGCUCCAGCAGCUGGAAGUUACCCUCCGCUCUGAGGUCCUCCAGCAGAUGUUAUGAGCGCCCCUGGGCUGAAUCCUCUCUCAGCAGCAGGAGCAAACUGACUGAUCCUGAGCCCAGGUUGGGGAUGCGCUCCAGUCUGUUGAACGUCACUGAUGAUGGCGAUUCUAAAAGGGCAAAACUGUCGUACAGCAACAGAGACCUGUACACGAGAACUCCCAGCACCUCUGUUACAGGAUCCACUUAUUCCAGCACUGGGCUCAGCAGUGGCAGAGGUACAUUAGAGAAGGACACUUAUGAUUCAUCGUGGAGCUCGUGCCGUUUACUCUCACGGUCUUCCUCCUCCAAUCCCCUGUCCAGGAGAGAGCUAGAGACCAAGAAUGACCCCGUUCUCUCAAGUUUGGCGGAAAGAAGGAACAGGACCUCUGGAUUGACUUCCUCAUCGUAUCAAGCAGACAGGAUGGCCUCCACAUAUGCGCAGGGAGCUCGGCCUAAAGAGUCUACCUACACCCCCUCCUUCUCUUCCUCCUCCUACUCCUCCUCAGCUAGAGAAAGCACCCUGAAUAGCCACCUCUCAGCUUCCUCCCCCUACCGAUCUUCCCCUCUGUUGCGCGAAAGCACCAGAACCCCUUCCCGCUUCUUAAGCAGCUCAUCCACCCUCCGCUCAUCUCAAGAACCAACGAGAAACCCUGUCCCCUCCUCGAACACCACCUCCACCUCCUCUUCCUCCUCCUACUCCUCACACACCUCCAGGUUCACGACCCACCUGCCCAGACCAGAGGCCCCGCUCCCUGCCAGGCCGGCCCCGCUCCCUGCCAGGCCGGCCCCGCUCCCUGCCAGGCCGGCCCCGCUCCCUGCCAGGCCGGCCCCUGAAGGUGUAGAGUCAGACAGCCGCAGCUCCACCCGACGCCUUCUGUCCCGCCUCUUUUCUCGCCGCUCCAGCCAGGACUCUUCCAGCGGUUCCUCCAGUGUCCGCUCACUCGACGAUGACAGCCCGUCCACAGGUGGAGAGUCUGUGGACAGUGAGGAGGGGCCCAAGGUGUCCAGCGUGGAGCCUGCAGCUGGAGGCUCAGAGGGGGGCUUGGGGAGAAACCGCAGAGCAGACCUCUCCCCGAUCCAGGAAAACAACGAUCGCAGCGCACAGGCUCCGUCCAGAACGACGCAGUGGAGAGAGCCUGGUGUGGGCAGUAGUAACACCAGCAGCAGCGGCAGCGGGGGGGGAGGCAGCAGUUACUCCUGGCUCUCCUCCUCCCUCCGCGGCCGCUGCCCUCCCCUCAUCUCCCGCCUUAGGAGACAUACUCUGGGGCAAAAUGCUCACUCUGCUGCUGGCUCGGAAGAAGGCUACAGCCGUCCGCAGCACCUACUGAGAAGGUGGGACAAUCUUGAGCAUAAAGUAACGCAGGAUGAUGAUGAUGAUGAGGAGGAGGAUGAAGAUGACGAUGACGAGGAGGAGGAGGAGGAGGAGGAUGAAGGAGCAGCUGGUUUGGAGGCCUUUAAUGCAGGUCGUCCCUGCAGACUCGAGGGUGAAACGUUACCUGAACUCGAGGACACAGCAGUCGAUGUUCCGCUACACCGCAGAGCGUACGACAACAUCUCGUCUCAUAUGGUAGCUCUGGGGGCUGAGAGCCAGAGGGAGAAACCCACCGCGGAUCAGGAGAAGCUGCGAAAGAUCAAGGAGAGACUGCUGCUGGAGGAGUCUGACGAUGAGGAAGGCGACCUGUGCCGAAUCUGCCAGAUGGGGGAGGAGGUGGCCACCAACCCCCUGAUCCAGCCCUGCCGCUGCAUCGGCAGUCUGCAGUUCGUCCAUCAGGACUGCAUCAAGAGGUGGCUCCGCUCCAAAAUUGGCUCCGGCACAAACCUUGAGGCCAUUGCAACCUGUGAGCUCUGCAAGGAGAAGCUGCGUUUGAACAUCGACAACUUCGACAUUCAGGAGUUAUACAGGACACAUGUGCAGUCAGAAUAUGAUGAGUUCAUCAGCAGCGGCCUCUACCUGGUGGUGCUGCUGCAUUUCUGUGAGCAGAGGUUCUCUGAUGUGCUGGGAGCUGUCGAUGCAGCUGGGUUAUUCAGCCUGGUGAGAAUCCUUCAUGAACACAUGGACAAUCUUGAAAUUCCUGGGGAAAGUGACGAGGAGCUGCGAGACAACAGACCGUCUAUUGAGUUUUCUGACCUGGACGACGAUCUUGAAGAGUACUAAUUAUGUGAGUGGUGGAUUGAGGGUAAAAAAAGAAGUGGGUCACUCUAUGCCAUAUGGUAGUUCACCCAGUUUUCACACAUGCUUUGAAUUUGUUAUGUUCAUCUGAAAUGCAACGGCAGCGAGGAAGGCCAAGUGCUCAGAAGAUGUCUCGCCUUUGUUGCAGGUGGCUUUUGCAGAUAUGCAAACUUGAUAAAUAUUUUGGUUGACACCACUGUAUUUCUGUUUAUAUGAGUGCACUUUAUUCAAUUUUAAUUAAAUAAAAUGCAAUUUCUUUUCAACCCUUAUGCCACAAGUGCUUUAAUGUGUGAAUGAAAAAGCACAGAGGGACAGCGGUGACACGUGUCGGGCUGAUGUUGUGAUGACAACUUUUGCAAGAAAAUAUAAAAAGUGGUGAUUUUUCCUUUUAUUGUCUGUUUUCCUCUGACUUUUUCCACUGAGAAUAUGGUUGAAGAAAAAGAAGAACUUAACCCCUUGAAAAUAAAUGUAAUCAUCGUUGUGUCAGUGUUUGAAAUGCUUUAUGUAUGUACAAAUCUAGUUCAAUUUUGGAAAUAAAGAUUUAAUGUAAACUGCCA